CCGUGGCUACUCCUCAACAACCUCGACGACGAACCAUGUCUCGUACUCCCAGAAAGACACCUUCUUAUGGAUCCAUAGAUCCAGGAGAGAGAUGGGAACAGGAUAAUAACGCGAAUGAAGCUACAAACCUGAUCAGCACUACGCCUUCGCCCUCCUACCCGUCUUCUCUCGCCGCCCGAUUUGAUUCUGGGUGGCUUGAUGCUGCUCUUUUGUGGGAGCCAAUUCGCGAUCCUCUUCACAGAGUCUCCUCUAGAUACACUACUACCACCAGGCGAAGCCUAUUGGUUCAAGCAAGGAUUCCGCAAAAGUCAGUAGCCACCUCCGCACCUCAGCUAAAUGCUAACUGCUCCCUAGUCGCCUUGUACAUUCACAUGUGGACUAUUAUACGUAUGAAGCUUUACCCCUUUAGUGACCUUGAGCUGACACAGAGUAGCAUGCGGGAUCCUGAUGGUCUUUCAAUUCAUCCCCCGAAUCCGUAA